GCGGUACCCACAACGCCCCAGGGUAACAAUUAUUAAUAGUUUGACAAGUAUUUCAACCAAUCACAAGAAGGCCCUAACUGAAACCGUCGCUUACAGCCAGCUAACGGAUAAUGGAAAGAUUCGUUUGUCAAGGACAUAAUUAUGUGUCACAAUUUCUGUUCUUUUUUUUUUAAAGCAUGUUAAGUUCUUUAAUUCUUGGUAAAUAAUGUUACCAUUGUAAUUCACAUAAUUCCUCCUUUCAUUCUGACUCGGCCGCCUAAAGUGUCACACUAUUCCCUCAGGUAUUUUCACUUUCUACAUAGCAAGACAUAUCCCCCCCCCACUCACCACACACACAUACACACUCACACACACGUGCACAUACAUAACAUAUAUUCGCACACACACGUACGCACAAGCGCGCACACACACACACACACACACACACACAUACACACACACACACACACACACACACGUGUAGUGAUUCAAACACAGGCUCGCGAUUCCUAUUGGCUCCUACAAUUCUCCCGACUGGUCAUAAUACUUCCAUUGUUAAGAAAAUAUUUGGCACAAACAAGCCUACAAUGUAACGAAGCUGUAAUUCAAAACCACAAAAGGAAAGUAGUUUUCUAAAUCUUCUUGAGAAAAAAAAAAGCAAAGAAAUUUUAAAGUGAUUAAAGACGCUAUAUAGCUGCCAGGCAUUUCGAACAGACACUUAAUUAUUUUGACAGUUUAAUCCCUCUUACAAACAUGAGGCUGUCACCUUUGUCCGCUAUGGAUUAUCUACUUUCUUUGUCGGCGAUGGUGACAUAAUCAGCAAGGCUAACCGAGGGUUCAAUCUUAACGAUGAUUGGUUGAUUACUAAGUCUUAACUCCGCCCCACGAAAAAGGCGCGAAAGAAGCGUGGGUAUAAAAGUAUUAUCACACUCAGUUGCUUAUAAUUUCGUUGUUUUCUAUUUGACCACAGCAACGUUCACAUAUAUUGGAUAUACGAAAUUUUUGGACAAUUUCUAUGUGUUUGUGACUUGCUGAGUAUUUCCCUAGUGAAAAGUUGUGUGUUUCACUCGUUGGAUUUGUGGUGGAAGUUUUGACCAGACGUUUCUUAUAGAUACGGUGAGUCAGUGACUAUUUAUUUUGAGAAGACUUAUACUGUGCUUUAUUCACGUUAUACAAGAACCUACACUUGGAGUAUAUCUUGUACGUUGCCUGCAACUUCAGUAUGAGUGCUACUUUCAGACUCGGUCGUCCACUGUUUGAGACCCACACUGUAAAUGUGUCUGAGGCGCUAGGCUUUAAAGAAGAUCGCCUUCUAGCGGGAGGUGCAACUGCCCAAGUCUUCCUCGCUACAGACGUCAAUCAUCCGGAGAAGAAGAAAGCUCUGAAGAAAUUCAUUUUUCUGGAGAAUGGAGACCCUGUUGAUAAACCGAGGAAAUGGUUCUAUUUCGUCAACGAGGUGGCCAUGCUUCAAGACCUCCUCCAUCCCAACAUCAUAGCAAUGGAGAGAGCGGCUAGUUGCCCAGAGUCUCUGGUCAUAGUGUUGGAAUUCCACCCUGUGGAUCUGUUCGACGCCUUACCUCGUGUCUCGGACGAGGAAGCCACUCGCUACUUUACCCAGGUCACCGAGGCCUUGAGCUAUCUACACAGCCGGCGUGUCGUGCAUGGUGAUGUAAAACUGGAAAAUGUAUUGGUGAGUAAAGAUGGAGUGGCAAAGCUUUGUGACUUUGGACAUGCUCAGGUAGUCCCUGAAAACACGGACAGUUUGAAGGAAUGGGGAAGUUGCGCAGCCUACCACGGACCGGAAUUCAAAAGAGGCCAUCCUGUGAAAGACGCUUUCAAGCUUGAGAGUUUCUGUGUCGGCGUUCUACUGUGGGCACUUGUGUUUCGUAAAAAGCCCCAGAAAAACACGGACUACUUAAAGCUGUUGGACAGUGAUAAAUCAGUCUCGCCCGCCUACAGACAAUAUGUACAACGUCUACUGUGUGCAGAUCCGACAGAGCGGUCUUCAGUCUGCCAGAUCCUACAAAUCCUCAACACUAACGGUCACCCAGAACUUCGUGUCCGACAAAACGUCUCCGCUCAAGCUCUCGUUACUGCACCAAUCACAUACAAUAGCACCGGCGAGGAAGUAGCGUGUCUGUACUUCGGUAACUCACCCAUCGAGCAGAGACCAUCUUCAUCGUUCUGCCAUCCUUUCAACGAGUUCAGCUAUCAACAUGCAGGAUAUGACCAACAGUUCGUGCACCCCUCACACUCUGGAAACCUUCAGUAUUUCCCACGUGAGACACCGACACAGUACUACUACAUGAACCAGAGCAGUGGACUGGCAACCUUUCACACGGCCAGUACAUGUUUCGAUUCCUCGGCCUAUCAGACAGAAACAACAGCCCUUUACCCGCAAUAUGAAGAUGUCUCUUCUUCACACUAUCACCAGUCUCCGUUGGAUCUACAGAGAGCCCAAUGGCCUGUGGUCACAGACACAAAUCAGCGCACAGUUCAGCAACCUGCUCCCUCGUCACUGGGACACUCUCAGUUUCUCACACACCACCAAAACUGUUACCAGCCUGACUCUACAGCUUGUUUCCAGUACGUGGUACCUUCGUCCUUCCCUGAGUACUUUCAUCCUGCUACAUUUCAACAGUAUCGGCAGUAAUCUGAGUGGAGACACAGACAAUUUUCUUACUUUCUACAGCAGGUUUUGUCAGACAUUUGCUUAUUAUUGUGUAUCAUUUCACUCUAGUAUUAACAUGCAUUAGUGAUCUUGAGCACUUUGUAUUUCUUAAAAAUGUUUUGUCAUGCCCAGAAUAAGAAAUCAAGAAUAUGCAUUGGAAACUUAUAUCUUAGAAAGGAAUAACGUUUAGAAUGUAAAAACAACUUAAUUAAAAAAGCCACUCACAACACACCCGCCCCCU